AUGACGAGUAAAAAGAGUCGUGAUACAAGUAAAAGCAAACAUUCAAGCAAAGAUGAUUAUCGAGAAGAUAAACAUAGAGGAACUUCGAAAGAUUAUGAACAAGAAGUACCAACGGCACGUCAUAAAGAUAAAUCGGACUCACAUAAAUCAAAAUCUAAACAUAGUAGUAAAACAAAUGAUUAUGACCAAGAUGCAGUAGCAUUACCUGAUGAUGAAGACGAACGUGAACGUCGACGACGUAAAAAAUUACGUAAACAACUUGAAGAAGAAGAAAGAUUAAAGCGUGAAGAAGAUGAACGAUUAAAACGUGAACAAGAAGAAUAUGAAGAAGAACGACGUAGACGAAAAGAAAAAAAUCGAGAUACUGAAAAUGGUGAUAGCCGAAAACAUAAAUCAUCUCGAGUAAAAUCACCAGGAUCUCUAUCUCCACCUCCAGCUCCUUCGAAACAUAAAAGCAAAGCUACUGAAAAAGACGAUAAUUAUAGUGAUGAUUUUGAACAGAAUUAUGAUGAUGAUUUUGAUGAUGAACCAGCUCCUCCACCUGUCAAGAAAUCUUCUUCAUCAUACAAAGAAGAAAAAUAUAAUUCAACUUACGAUGAAUCUCCUAAAACAAAAUCUUAUUCUUCAUCAACAACAACGGGUGUUAAUGAAGUUCAAGUUUAUGCUAAUACACGUCGUUUUCAUUCUCAUGAUAUAUCAGAUCGUAUACGACGUCGUUAUAAAGAUUUAUCUCGUUUAAUUACACUUGAUCGUCAAUCAUUUAAUAUUCUUGAUAUGGCACCAAUGCCAGCUCAUGCUGCUUAUAUGCGUGAUAUUCGUUUAAGUAAUACUAAAAAUCAAUCAUCAGAUAAUACUGAUGGUGGAACAGGUUGGACAGCAAAUAUUAAAGUACAAACAAAUGAUGAUGCUGAACAUGUUCAAUCUCAAACAGAUGAAAUUGAUACUCGAUCAAUGUGGACUCAACAUCCAAGUGAAAAUCAAAAUAAAUCAUGUGGAAGCGGAAAUACAAAUGAUGAAAAUCAAUUUUCAGAUAUCAAUAAAACACGUGAAAACGAAGAAUUAUUACGUAUGCUUCGAUUAGAAACCGAUCUUGGACGAUAUCAAACAUUUGUUACGAAUGCAGGAAAACUUAUGCUUGCAUUACUCGAUGAACAACAAACAACUUCGACUAAAUCAAAUUCAAAACGAUCAAAAGAUAAUGAUGAACAAGAUGGAAUGCAACGUGAAUCUGAUUUAAAUUUUUCAUCUGGACUUACUAUUCUUCCAGGUCUUUCAUUUAAAUCAGAUAUAUCAAUUGCUGCUGUUUGUUUUUGUCAAGACAAACCUGAACAAGUUGCAGUUUUUUAUGAACAAAUCUAUACAACAAGUUAUGGUGCAAUUUAUAAUGUGCGGAAUCCAGACAAACCAUUGAAAUUAUUAAACUGUGAAGCAUCUGUUCGUUGUUGUUCAUCUUCGAUGGUUUAUUUAUUUGCUGGAUGUCAUGAUGGUUCGAUUGUUUUAUUUGAUACAAGUGAGCCAACUAAAUAUAAAACUGAUUCACAAGAACCAAUACCAAGUAGUCCAACAUUCUCUACUGCAAAUAUUCAAUUUAAUGAACGUCAUUAUAGUGAAGUAAUUCGAGUGUUACCUUUGCAAACAACAAAUGUGACAAAUAAUAAUGAUCGAUCGAGUAGUUCAUUUUCGUUGGCAUCAUUGGACAAAAAUGGGUUAAUUAUAAUUUGGUCGGUGAUUGAAUUAACUCAAUCAGAUGAAGCUGGAUCAAUUGCUGAUUUAGGUCUUAAACCAGGUGGAAGAGUUCGAAUGAUACAAACAUCAUCAAUGCAAAUAAAACAAUCAAUAUAUAUGGCUAAAGAUUCAAUUCAAGCAUUUGAUUUAUCAUGUCCAAUAAAUGAUGUUGACAAUCUUUAUGUAGCUAGUAAUGCGAAUGCUGUUUAUCAUAUGACAAGAUAUGGAGAAAUGGGUUCACCAUCAAAACUUCGAGUAUCAACAGAUUUAGAAGCACAAAUAGAAGUAACUUGUUUAUCAUUUAAUCCAAUGGUAAAUAAAUUAUUACUUGUGGGUACUGGCCAUGGUCAAUUACAUUUAUAUACCACUGGACGAGAUGAACCAAUUUUAACUUGGUCACAAGCAUUUCGUUCAUCAGCAACUGUUCGUAGUUGUAAUUGGUCUACAGGGCGAGCAAGUAUCUUUUUUGCACAUGAUUCACAAGGUCAUAUUAAAUAUUGGGAUUUAACAAAAGAUUUAUAUCAACCAUUAGGAAAUGUUAAAAUAGAAAAUCUUAGUCAUUUUAUUCUAUCAAUAAGUAGUCAAGCUGAAACAGCAUUUGCACUUGUUACAAAACAAAAUUCAUCACAAAUUGAGAUUCAUCAACUUAAACGAACAUUUACAACACAUUCAGAUUCAUUUAGUGACAAUUUCAAAACAAUUCUGAAAGAAAUUAUGACAAAUACAUAA